CCUGCCUGGGGGCGCUUGGGACUCUGAAUCGAUCGAGGAUGGACGUCGAAGUGCCGAAUGCGCGGGGACAUUUGCCCAACGAUAAGAAGAACUCAGAGCAUGAGGAUCUGGACGACCGGUCGACAGAGUUUGGAGACGACGACCUCAAUGAACGUGGAAGCGCCCCUGUCUUCCCACAUCACCACGGAGCGUCCAAGAUGAUCUGGCGGGAAGUUUGGGACAACACGACGCCACUCACACUUUGGUGCUACACUGCCGCUGUCGUCGUCGUCGUGGGAGUCUUUUGGCUCAAAGGACUGAGCUUCCUAUUUGUGCAUGCCGCAUUCAUGACCGUGGCUUACGUUGGGUUUGCAUCCGAGGCCAUGUUGGUCUUUCGCCCGUUCAACACGCUCCACGUCAACUCGCGCUCUCCGAACCAACGCAUCCAGCGCAAUAUCCACAAGCUCAUAAACCACUUCGCCGGUGGCUGUAUGUUUCUCGGACUCAUAGGCAUCCUCGUCCAUCGGGUGUACAAUGGCAAGAGCGUCGUCCCUCACGGGUGGCAUUCCUGGUCUGGGACAGUUGUCAUCUUGCUCGUGCUGGUUCAAAUCGGAUCUGGGCAAAAGAAACUCAAGCUGCUGCAGUACCAAGGCCAACAGAGCUUGAAGUGGCACGGCCGUCUCGGCUUGACCACGUACUCCCUUGCCAUCGUGACCGUCCUCCUCGGGCUGCUACACAUCGACCACACCAACACGGUGUACGUUUGGAUUGGCGCCGUUUUCGGCGCCGUCGCCCCUGUCGUGUACGCGUACUCUUUCAUUGUCAAGCAUGCCGGCUACGCUGUCCUCGAUCAGCUGUAGAUCACCGCCACACGAGUCCCUGCACUGUCCUCUCAAUAUUGUGCCUAAAAUACUCACUCCUAUCCCGUGGGGACCAUCUCGAUGUGUUGAUGGGGUUCGGACUGCCCAACGCGUCCGUUGACUAGCUCCAGACAGGACGAACACGACCGCUCGCAUGGGCUACGUCUGUGCAAAGUGCCGCAGCAGC